UGGAAUAAGAAAUAAUGGAAUAACUGUUAGCCAAACAGGGCAUAGCCGAAACUGCUCGGCGCUUCCGCAAAGCGUGAGAGCAAAACCCUACUUGAACCCUUUCUCUCUCAUUCACUGCACGCAACUAUGUCGUUGGGAAUUCUUCGAUCGCGAGCGGUUUCUUUCGCAUCGAAGCGAUUCCUCUGCACCAAUGCGGCUUCCGCUCCUCUUCCCCCUCCUCCCUCCGCCACCUCUCCCAGCCGCUGGAACUUCCUUAAAUACGCCGUCGCCGCCGCCCUCACCGGAGGCACUGGCCUCGCCGGUUACGCAUCUUACGCUUACAGCUUGGAAGAAAUAGAUGAGAAAACGAGGUCGUUCCGUGAAUCGGCCAAGUACACCGCUGGUGAUGGAGCCACUGCUCUCGAUAAAUUUCAAGGUUUGCUAUACUCGACUGCAAUGACAGUGCCUGCUAAAGCAGUAGAGCUUUAUUUGGAUGCAAGAAGGCUAAUUGAAGAACAAGUUAGGAGUUAUACUGAACCAUACACAGACAAGCUCCUUCCUGAUUUGCUACCACAGGAGCAACAUGUGUUUACACUUGUUCUUGAUCUCAAUGAGACAUUGAUUCACUAUAUUUGGACGCGAGAUACAGGUUGGCAGACUUUUAAAAGACCUGGAGUUGAUGCCUUCUUGGAACAUUUAGCUCAAUUCUAUGAAAUAGUGGUGUACACAGAUGAACAAAAUAUGUUUGUAGACCCUGUUAUAGAAAGACUGGAUACCAAGCAUUGCAUUAGAUAUAGGCUAUCAAGGCCAGCUACUAAGUAUCAGGAUGGGAAACACUUCAGAGACCUUUCAAAACUAAACAGAAACCCAGCAAAAGUUCUUUAUUUAAGUGGCCAUGCCUUUGAAAGUUGCCUGCAACCUGAGAACUGUGUCCCUAUUAAGGCAUGGCAGCAGCAAGAUAUAGAUGACACGGCUCUUCUGGAUUUUAUACCAUUUCUUGAGUUUGUUGCCCGUAGUAGUCCACCUGAUAUAAGACCAGUGCUAGCCUCUUACCAAGGAUGUGAUAUUCCAAGUGAAUUCAUCAAGCGUUCCAAAGAUUAUCAGAGGAGAAUGCAAGAACAAAAGCAUCGUGGUCGAUUCUGGAAAUGAGAUUUGUCAGUUUGAUUGGUCAGUUCAUCAAAGAUUUUGAAGUCACUGCAAGUUGAUAAGUAAUUACAUGAAAUAGAAAAAACUAGAUUUUGUUUACGCAAGUGUUGCAACCCAUGUCUUGAACCAUUACUUUUUUUUGCCUAUUGUAAUUCUGUUGCUGGAAAGCACUUAUUAAUUUCGGGGGGUGGAGUUCUUUUUCACCUGAUAAAUGAGUCCUUAAUGCCAGAUGUUUCUUGCAAGGUGAUUUAACCAUGGCUUGGAUAAUUUUGACUAUAUCAGUUUCUGCACAGAUUUACAACUGACAUAAUAAAAGAUUCUACUUUAUCGUGUUAUAGUUCA